AUGCAUGAAACACACACCAUAAGAGGAUACAAAAAAAUAAAUAUCCAGUAUUAUCUUCAAAGCCAAUCUAUGUCAAACCAUAGCAAACAGACGAAGAAACAGUCCAUUAAUAUUCAAGAAGACGACAAUACCCUAUUACCAGGUCUGCCUAAUGAUCUUGCUUCGAUCUGCCUCGUUUCUCUACCCACCACGCUCCUCUUCUCCGUUUGCCGUGCAUGGCGGCGCCUCCUCUACUCCUCCUCUUUCCCCCGACCACCCUUUUACUCCCUCUACGCCUCCCUCUCUCCCUUGCCGUAUCCAACAAACAACUCAAUGAGUAAUUCAGUUCAGUUUCACUCGUUUGACCCCUUUUCUUAUAAAUGGCAAACGCUGCCGUUACCGUCGAUAAACCCUCCGCUUCACCUCCUCCACCACCACCCAUCUUUCAUAUCAAGAAACUUUCCAGUCCAAUCUUUAACAGUUGCUAAUCACUUAGUACUCAUCGCCGGCGAGACUCACCAUCUUGUCCCUGCACUUACUAGACCGCUCCUGUUCCAUCCCGAGUCCAACCGUUGGUUAUUCGGUCCUAAAUUCACCGUCCCUCGACGGUGGUGCGUGACUGGUGCGUUCAACAACACGGUUUACUUAGCCAGUGGAGUGGGGUUAAACUUCGACGGAGACGUAGCUAGGUCAAUGGAAAAAUGGGAUAUGAACGGAGAUAAAGAAAACUGGAAAUGGGAAAAAAUGGCGGAGUUGAGAGACGGUAGGUUUAGCAGAGAAGCAGUAGAAGCCGUUGGAUAUAAAGGGAAGAUUUGCAUGGUAAAUGUUAAAGGAAAUGCACCAAAAGAUGGAUGGGUAUACGAUGUUGAGAAAAUGACAUGGGAAAAUAUGCCGAUCGGAAUGAUUGCCGGAUGGACUGGAGCAGCGGCAGCCACCGUGGACGGAGAAGAACUGAUGUAUGUAGUGGAUGAAACGACGGGCAGGUUGAGUGAGUACGACGGUGAAAAGGAUAUUUGGAAGAUGGUGACGGAGUUGGCGGAGCUUAAGGGUGCAGAGCAGAUGAGUGUUCGGAGAGGGAGAGUUUGUGUAGUUUGUGCUAACGGGGAAAAGAUUAUGGUAAUAGAUGUGGUGGCUAUUCCGGCGAGAUUUUGGGUGGUAGAGCCGCCGUCUGGAUUAAAAGUUGUUGGUUUACAUAUAUUGCCAAGAAUUUGCAAAGAUUGAGUGGAAUAUACGAGACUAGCUAGCAAACAUUCAACCCAUCGGGAAGGUUGUCCACAAUAUUACAAGGUGUCAUUUCCGAUGCUUAGGAUGUGUUAAAAGUUUAAAAAUGGAAACAAAUUCUAUAAUCAAAUCGCAAACUUUUUUUUUUAAGAUAAAUUCGGUACACCAUAUCA